GUUUGCGACUUUUUUAGAUGAGUCUCGCGCUCGUCAGACUCGUCCUGAAAAUGCUGCUACGCUCCUCAUAUCUGGAUUACUUGUGGCUUUAGUCGAUGUGAGCUGGAUGAGAGUAAAAAACCAGGAAGCUUCACUGUUUCCUGGCAGGAGAAGAAGAGCAAAAAGCCAGGGUGUGUCUGCAGAUCCAGAAAGCAAACUUUUUUUAAAUUAUUAUUCCUAUUCUAGUUUGAACUUUUCUUCUUGUGGAGAUCUUUGUCUUUUUUUUUAAAGUGAAAGUGAAGAGAAAGUAGUUUGCAAGCAUGCUGGGGAAUAAUGGAGUAUAUGCAACCAAGAGGAGGAAGAAGCCUGAGCAGAAAAGUGUAAAACCUCCUCCUGUCAAGACCAAUCCGUCCAAACGUCACCGGGACCGUCUGAAUGUAGAGCUGGACCGUCUGACCAGCAUGCUGCCCUUCUCCGACGAGGUCAGAGGUCGCCUGGACAAACUGUCGGUGCUCCGGCUUCAGUGUGGAUACCUGAAGGUUAAGAGUUACUUCCAUGCGGCGCUCCAGAAGAACGUGAGGUCGGCUCCUCUCGUCCCUCCGAACGGCAGCAGAAACGGACAAUCUGUGUCUCUGGAUGGAGUCAGCUUCUCAGAGGGAGAUCUGCUUCUUCAGGCGCUGCAUGGUUUCGUAUUGGUCGUGACGACUGAUGGCACCAUCUUCUACACGUCCUCCACGAUCCAGGACUUCCUGGGCUUCCAACAGUCGGACGUGGUUCAUCAGAGUGUGUACAAUCUCAUUCACAUGGACGACAGAGAGAUGUUCAAAUGUCAGCUCCACUUUGCCUUCAACCCCAGUGAGACCGACUCCAACAUGAGAACUCAAGAUACCCAGUCUGGCAUUAGAGCCCUGAGCAGCUCUGAGAGUUUCUUGCCUCAGUACAUCCCUCCAGAAAACUCCUCCUUCCUGGAAAGAAGUUUCUGCUGCCGCCUUCGCUGCCUGCUGGACAACACCUCUGGAUUCAUGGCUCUAAACUUCAACGGGCGUCUGAAGUACCUCCACCUGCCGGAAAAUACAGGAGCCGGUGGGACGUUGGUUCCUCCACAGCUCGCUCUCUUCGCCAUCGCUACUCCUGUGCAACCUCCUUCGGUCAUGGAGAUCCGAACCAAGACCCUCAUCUUCCAGACUAAACACAGGAUGGACUUUGCUCCCAUGGGCAUCGACACCAGAGGGAAGCUGGUUUUGGGUUAUUCAGAGAUCGAGCUGGUCACAACAGGAUCUGGCUAUCAGUUCCUCCACGCUGCGGACAUGAUGUACUGCGCUGACAAUCACCUCCGAAUGAUGAAGACCGGAGACAGCGGCUUCACAUUUUUCAGGCUGUUGACCAAAACGGGACACUGGUUGUGGGUUCAGGCUUCUGCCAGGGUCGUCUUCAAAGGAGGGAGACCGGACUUCAUCAUCGCUCGCCAGAAAGCCCUAACAAAUGAAGAAGGAGAGGAACAUCUGCGCCAGAGAAGACAGCAGCUCCCCUUCAACCUCACCACCGGCGAAGGAGUCCUCUAUGACUUUUCUCUGGAUGCCUUCUCCAUCCCCGGCCCCGGUUCUCCAGACACCACCGAGUCCUCAACAGAGAAACCUUUGGACCCCACCUCUAUCCUGGGAUCCCUACGACAGCAGGACCAAUCUCUUUACACCAAGCCGCAGACGUCCAGCCCCCCGCUGCCUAUCUUCACCCAAACAGAGGAUGCUGAUUUUGACGAGCAGUCCUUGGAGCAAGCAUUCCUGGACAGUCAUGCUCUGCUCAGUGUGCCGAGUCAGCUCCAAGCUUCACAGAACAGGUCCAACAUGGGAGACCAAGCCAUGAUUGACUCGCUGGAGCAGAUCUUGGGAGAUAUUGGAGACGUUGGAGUGUUAGAUGAUCUUGAAGUGGAGGAGGCAGAGCUGAGGGACUGGGAGAACACGCUCUUCAGGAUGAAUAAAGACAGAGGAGAGGAAUCGAGGGAAUUAAAUCAAAUCCUGGCCAAUGACGUGUUUUCGUAUGUUGAGGAGGCUCUGAGGAGAGAGACAGGGACAGGUGGGAUUCAUGAUACUGACACUCAGAUUCAAAAGCAGCAUCCUGCGUCUUCUGUACUUUCAAAUCAUGAGCAUCAGUGGCAGAAAAUGACAGACAGGAAAUCCAACCAGAGUGGAUUUGCACAGCAGACUCAUUCAGCUGGACUGAAAGGAGUUUCUGAAGUCACAUCUCGAGGGGCGGCGACCACACAGUGUCGUAACGCUCAGCAGGGACUCACCUCUCCAGUGUGGCCUCCAAACAGCAGCAACACUCAGCACUGUGGCGCCCAAAUAACUUCCACACAGUCGUGCCGCUCUGCUCAUUCACAGCCGGAAGUGACAGAUCAACCUUGGCCGCCAUUCACACAAAACUCACGCUUCCAAAGUGUUCAAUAUACACAGAACGGCUCAGGUUCACAGCAGACUCACGUAGCGCCACAGUCUUCUGGUGUGGCCAUGUGGCAACAGCAACAGCAGCUGCCACAAAGCUUUCACCAUCACACACUCACACAUUCCUCACACACACCAGGCGGCGUGAGCUCAGCGGCUCAGACCUUCCAGCAAAUGCAGCGAUUAUCCGGCAGCUGCAUGUAUAAAAAAAGAGACGUUCACAUACCGGACUCUGCUACUGUUCCUCCCCGAUUAAACGGUCCUCUCCUGGGAUCUGCAACCUCCGGAGGUUCUGCACAUGUUGCAGGGACAAACAUGAGCUCUCCCUUCAUCGGAGGCAUCUGGCCCGCCGCUCCUAAUCCAGGCGUGAUACAGUCGUCCGGCCCUGACGCUCACAUGGCCGCCUGUGCAGAUGUGGGCAACAUCAGUUUGGGACAUCUGAGCGGAGACAACUCGAACUAUCCAAACCCGAACCCUGAAAAUGGAUCAUUACAGUCGUCAUUCUUCUGCUGGAGCGGUGAAGCUCAGAUCCCCAAAGUUGGAAUGAAUGGCGUCGUCGACCUGUUCGGCUUCCCCGCCCUUCCUGCCGGGAGCAUCAACCUUUCCCAAAACGCUGGCCCCUAGCUGCACUAACACAUUAUUCUUCUCGAUAUGCCUCCACACACACACACACACACACACGAGUAUAUCCAACAAUUGAGGAUACUCCAUUAUAUGUGUUUUUACUCAUGUAGCGUCUGCUGUGGCUCAACAAGAUUUAUUAACCUUCAUCAUUUCAAACAAAAACAGACUCUUUGCUGCUUUACAGUCUUUUGCUGAUCAGCUGUUUUUGACUCUUCACAUAUUUAUCAAACAAUCCUUUUCCCCCCAAUAAUUAGCUUUUAACACAUUUAUAAAUAUAUAUAUAUAUAUAAGCUGUAAGUAACCAAACAAUGUUGAAGUAUCACAACGGAGGCUGGAACCAACAGGAUUUAAUUACACGUGGACUUUUCAGUAGAGAAACCGUGACUUCAGUUUUUCUUUGUAUCAUAUAAACUGUGAGGAAUAUAUUAAAUAUUCAACUUCUCUUCCUAUAGAGACGGAGCUUCUCACAUCAGUGUAACUCUUCACAAUGUGAAUCUGUGAUGUCCGCUUCUUUAUUAUCCAUUUAUAUCCAGUUUAUAAGCAGUUUAUAUAUCAUUGUGUUCUUUUGAGAGGCAUAUAUACCCCUUUUCCAGUGAG